GCUGAAGGUAUAUUGAAAGGAAUCAAAAAGUUUUAUAAUAAAUAGCGAAAAAACGGAAGUGCGGCUGCUGGAACCAGUGGGAUAUCAAGUGGCUCUAAAAACAGAAAUAAGUGCUAGUUAAACUGUCCCUAGAGCUGGUGGUGAGGCAUUGAGAGUGUUUGCGCGAACGAGUUGGAAGGAUUCCCGGAACAAAUUGACCCGUGUGCUGGUGGUGUUUGUUCCUCCAUCUUGAUUUUCACCUCGUGAAGAGUAGUUUUUUUUUCAUUCUCCCUGUUACGUCUGUUUCCUCUUCUUUACCCGUAUACGGAAUAAGUAGCCCUGUUAUCUGAGUGGGGUUGUAGUUUUUUUUUCAAGUUCUUCUGCCUGACUGCCUGUGGCUGUGCGUGUGUGCGUGCGUUUGAAAGAGGUUAUUGCAGAACCCUCCAAAUAAAUAAAUCAUACUAGACAUAAAACCAGCGCCUGCUGCGUUCGAUUACAGUUCAAUUUGGUUCAGCCCAGUCUGUCCACAACGCCCUCCUACAUCUCGCCUUCUUUUCGAGCAGCGCAGAAGUAAGCAAUCGAUUCCACAGAUAAACAAACCCAAUUCUCAUCCUCAUCUAUAAUCGAAAGAAAAAUCGAUUUCGGCAGCUAGCUCGACAACAACGGAAUCUACUAAAAAAGUAACAUCAAACCAUUAUCAUUAGCACCACCACAACAGCCAAUCGCUGUUACUGCUGUGUUUGUGUAUUGUUGCCUUCGCCAAAUACUAAAGUCUCCGGAGGAACAACCGACUGCCGUCAGCGAACGGCAGUGGCAACAGCAAAACGACCUCACCUCACCAAGUGCCGGCGAAGAGUUACGGCCAGCAACUGCAACCGCUGUACGAGAACGACUGUUCGAGCACUGCAAAGCGCUCCACACUGUACGGCACAAUAGAUUACCGGUAUCAUCAGUACGAUCCGUACGCUAACGGAGUCAUGGAUGGCGAGCAUGCAACCGAUUCCAUCCCCGGCGGAGUGCUGGUGGUCGAGGAGGAAGGAGAGGAAGCGGUCGAGCUGCCACUAGAGGACGAUGGCACUCUGUCGCUGUCGACGCUGCAGGCCCAGUUCUACGGGGCCUGCGGGCUCAAGUACCGCAAUCCGGAGAACAAAGCCAUCCGGGGGGUGCGGCUGAACGAUAACAAGUUUCACCCUUUCUCGCCGGAUGCAGGCUGGGGACAUCACAUUUAUAUUUGCGUUUUCCCCAAGGAAAACAAGCGCAAGAGCGACGACAAGCUGGAAAAUUCGACGCCCAAGACCAAGAGGAUUGAGAAUAGGAAUAGGACCACAACGGAUUUGAUUGUACUUGGAUUGCCAUGGAAGACGACCGAAGAGGGAUUAAGAGAAUAUUUUGACGCAUUUGGAGAUCUAUUGGUGGUGCAGAUAAAGAAAGACCCGAAGACGGGACAAUCCAAGGGGUAUGGUUUCAUUCGUUUCGCCAAAUUUGAGUCGCAGAUGAAGGCUUUGUCUAAGCGUCAUUUGAUUGAUGGACGUUGGUGCGAUGUGAAGGUUCCGAGCAGCAAGGAUCAGAUGCAGCACCAGAUGCCGAGUAAGAUAUUUUUGGGUCGAGUAACGGAAGACAUGACGGCGGAUGAUAUCCGUGAAUACUUUAGCAAGUAUGGUGAGGUCACAGAUGUGUUUAUUCCGAAACCAUUCCGAGCAUUUGCGUUCGUAACAUUUAUUGAUCCGCAUGUGGCGCAAAGCUUGUGUGGAGAAGAUCACCUGAUAAAGGGGGCUUCGGUGUACGUUUCGACGGCAUCACCUCGGCCGGAACACAAUCGGAACCAGCAGAAGAAUCAGAUGGGUGGAGGAAACUUCUCGAACUACGAUGAACGAGGACGAGGUGGCGGUUCCUCGGGAUCGGAUUAUGGUGGUCCCCAGUCGCAUUCGGGCAUGAAUAAUUACCAUCACGGUGGAGGUGGUGGAGGGUAUAACAAUCUUCCCCAGAACCAGCCAAUUUGGAAUUACAGUGAAUACUCGCAACAAAAUCGACAGAACAACAGCAACAUAGAUAGUAUGCCGAAUUUGCAGGCUUUGGGUUUGAACUCGAGCGGUCCUGGUCCUAAUGGUGGAGGCCAAGGAAAUGCAGGCCUUCACGGGGGUCAUCAUGGUAGCGGCAUCGGUGGUGGCAACCAUCUGAGUGGUGGUGGCGCUGCUGGAGGAGCAGGUGGUGGAGGUGGAAGUGGUGCCCCAGGGGUCAUCGGAAAUCAUGGCCCAGCGGGUGGGAACAUGAACCUGAACCAGAUGCCGAUCAAUCCGGCUAUCAUCGCAGCGGCUCUGAGCCAGUGGAGUCUGAUCGGUAAUCAGAUGCACAAUAACCCACAGGGAUCGGGUGGGCCAGGCGGUCCGGGAGCUCCCGGUCAAGGUGGCAACGCCGCUGGUCCAGGCAAUCCCGCGGGUCCUGGCUCGGGUGGUCCUGGAGCCGGACAGGAGUAUUUGCCGUGGAACGGGUCAGGUAAUGGAAAUGCGGCAGCAGGUGGUCCUGCUGGCAGAGGAGAACAGAACCGGCAAUAGACUUGAACGGGACGCUAACCGCUAGCGAACUAGAGUUUUCCUCUCCAGCUGCUUUAAUGCUUACCGAACACACUCAUUCACUCUAGUAUACACCAUGUCUUGACCAAGGAGAAGGAAAGGAUCAGAAUCGGUUCGAAUGUUGGCAGAGUAUCAUUACAGUGGGAACCUUGUUAAAAGGUUUCUUCAUUUAGGUUUUUUUUACACAUACAUCAAUGAUUGUAACAUUUUUUAGUUGUUUUUUUACUUAUUUUGAACAUAAUUAUUUUCAUAUUUCGAUUAAGAGUUUAACAAAUUGAUUACGCAAAUAGUUAUAAAUGUAACAGUGUAUCAUAUAACUCGGAUUGAAAGUCUUUCCCAUUUAAAAAAUCCAUCUCGAGCGUGCGAGUAAAAUUUAUUAAACUGUUUCUUGAAAUAACCGUAUCUUAUUAAUAGACUUUUUCUAAGGGAAUGUUCCUCUUUUUUAACUGAACCACCCAACAACCGAAAUAAUAUAUUCUGCCAGCAUUCGUCACCGGGAUCUAUCCACCUUCUUACAGAGGAAAAGAAAAUCGAUUUUUUUUUUUCUAAAUAACACUCAUCCCACUCACUCACACUCUCGCACUAUCGUAAUUAAAACGUUAAAGAAAGAAAAGAAAAAUAACGCAAAAAUGCAUGUUUCUGCAGUCAGUAUGAAGUAGCACCCAUCUAUAAUUAACUGCCGGAAAGUUAAGAAUUUCGGGACUUUCUUGAUUUUCUCUUGUGUUUUAACUAGGUAUUCUUCUUUUAGAAAAAAAUCGAUUCACUAGUGAGUUAAUUUUUGUGAAGGGAAGGCUAACAAUGAUAUUAGAAACACAUAGUAGUACACCAACAAUUGGAGAGGCAGGAUUAUACGUUUCCCAUUCGCCCUGUGGGUGGUUGGUGAAUCAUCCGCGCGAAAAUGGAAAAAGGAACCGUAUUGAUUCAAAUAGUUUUUAGCGCCUGUUGUAACAAUGCAAUAACUAGUAGAGCGAAUGAAAGUUUAGUUUGUCAGGACUGUUGAAAUGUUCAUCCGAUUGAUGGCUUAUCGUAAACAUUCUGUUUUAUACUCAAACUUCCUUUAAGUUUUAUUUAGAAGACACAAAAGCAGGAAAAAAAUGAAAAUUUAGGAAAUUGCGUAUUGUUGUUGUUGUUGCUGUGAAGUGAGGUUUUUCCUAUUAGGUCUGUCAGAGUGUGAUUGAGUUCGGUAAAUGUUUGUUUUAUUCCACACACAAGGUGCCACGUUCGGUAAAGUAGAUCGCCGAAGAAAUUUGAUAAUCGAAGUUAUUGUAGAGAAUUUUUUAGGGAGUCCCGUCCUUGGGAAUGUUUUGAAAACAUUUUGCAACUUCCCAGGACAAAUUAUCUGAGAAACCAAUUUUCCUUUUUAUAUUCUUGUUUCUCAAUAACUUUCUGCUUCAUCGAGUUACUUCGGGCGAUAUUCUUUACCGACUGUUUGGUAAUUCGUUCUUCUGUACGUACCACUACACAUUUUACUCUUAGGCAAGUAUCGACACCAAAAUAGAAGAAACAGAGAGUGCAAUUUCGAGGCGCCACAUCAGCAGCAGCAGUUGAAGAAACCUCGCUUUUUUGACCGUUCAAAUGUCCAACAAUAUUGAACUGAUGAAGUAGUUUAAAGAAUUGAUCAGAAGUGAUGAAUGUGCUUGGCGUUAAGACAGGGCUGAGACUAAACUAAGAGCGAAAAACUAAACAAACAAAAGCAAAACUCGGAAGGAAAACGCGAAUUUGUCGAGUGGUUUCGAGGAGAGGAGUGAAGCAGAUGUUUUUUAACAAUUGAUUUUUACAAAGUUUAACACUUUUCAACCAACCAACUUUUUCUAACACACCUGGUACACCGUUAGGAUAGUGUAUCGAAUGUGGCACGAGCACAUAGACAAAGCUGUGCAAUUAUGUAGUAGUGAAAUUGAGUGUGACGCAUUGUUGAAAACUAACUAAAAACUCACUUAGCUGAUUAGUCAAUAAGGAAGAGCAUAAUCACUAUAACAUAGAGAGAAUAAACUUGGGAUUGAUUGAUGUGAGCGUUCUUAUUGUUUGUUUGGUUUAUUUCUCCACUGUUUUAUGCUUAACCAAUAGAAGAAAAAAUACAAAGUAUGUACACUAACCGUGUUUUUGGAGGAAAAUCUGUUUGAAAGAGAUCACACUAGUGUAUUGUAGAAGCUAGAAGUUCUUGAAAGUCGAAAAAAAAAUUACCGAGAAUAUUGGAACUGCCAUUUCGAACCCACGGUUGGAUCCUAAAGCUUCAUUGUUGAAAUGAUUUUUUUUAAUGAAUUUAUUUAAAAAUAAUAAUCAAGUUCAAGAUUGGCAGUCGUUUCUCACAAGGGGGUCACUCUAAUACUAAUUAUGCCCGAUAAUAUUUAAACAAAUAUUAUACCUUUGAAAGUCGGAAUGAAAUUUAAAGCACACAACUAACAAUACACCCCCGAUUCCCAUUCGAAGUCGAAAGCAUAUAUCUUAUAGUAAAAAUCAAACAAAGAGCGGAUAAAGUCUUUAAAACUAAACAAACUAGUUGAUAGUGUUGUGUUACGGGAGGAAAAAUUCGGUAUGACGAUGAAUGAAAACGGAAGAAACAAACAAAAAAAAAAACAAAUAUAUAUUAUAUACCAAUUAUUACUUAGUGUUAUGAACAAAGCUAAAACGAGCAAAGCGUACGAAAUAUAUAUGAAUGGGUUCUCCUUUUGCUUGCAACCUGCAGCACCAGUAGCGAAAAAAAAUAGUAAGAAAAGCUAUAAAAAAGAGAAACAAACAAACAAACCAGAAUUAUAUGUAAAACAAAAAUUAAAAAUAAUUAACUUGAAAAACAAAAAAAAAACAAGAAGGCAAACUGUUGUGGCGAGCAGAGCAAGAUCCGAUUAAAAAUAGGAGACAGAAGGCAGAAGCGUAGUAGUUUGAUGAUGAGUGUGUAUUUCCUCCCCGUUUUUUUUUGUUUUAAAAUGCAUGAUUCUAUACAUGGAAGGCGAUGAUUUUGAUAUGAUAUGAUGAUGAUGAUGAUAAGCGAUUGAUGAUGAUUAUGUACCCAGUAAUAAAUGAUAAAUUAUAUAACGAGCAUAUAGAGAAUGAGAACAUGUGAGUUUAAGCUGCUGAUAAAGAUGAAUAAUACAAAACAGAAGAAAAAUGAGCAUAAGCUGUGAGAAUUUUAUUUUUUUUGAUGUGCGCGUGUUGGCGAUAUUUUCGAUUUGUCUAAUUGAGAAAGAAAUGGUUAAGGGACGAUUUGAGAUGCGAGACCAGAAAAAAGUUAUUUGGAAAAAAUGGAGAAAGUAAAAGUUUAUUAGGCGAACGUUAAAUUCCAAUACAUAAAUUACAAAUAGAAUGGGUAAAUUAUAAUCAGAGUCUUGCCAUUCGAUAAGAAGCGAGAAAUCGAUGACUAAAAGGUGACCAGAAAUAAGAAAUAUGUCAAUAAGACUUAUCAAUGUGUAUUGGAAAAUCAGGCGACGUACAUUUAUUACGUAACGCCCAAAUAGAUGUCCCUCCCCCGUAUGUCACAAAUAGUAACGCUGCGACGUACACCCCCCCUCCCUAUGAAAAUUACGUGAAAAUUAAGUUUUUUUUAAAUAGAAAUGCUGUACCUUAUGUUCUAGAAUUUCUGGAAUAACCUGCCGUAACGAUGGUGAAGUUUACAGCUAAGUUAAGUUUUGUUUUCUCCAUGUUUCAGAUCUGUCAGAAAUGCCAUAAAAAUGGUCUCACUUCAAAAUUGCUGCGAGCAGAACGAAAUUUUUUGAAAAUAAAAACAAAUUGUCACGUAACGUUGAGCAUACCUCCCCCCCCCUAUGUCACAAUUUUUAACGAUCAAGCUCACCCCCUCCUCCCCUACGAGCGUUACGUAAUUAAUGGAGGCCCCUUAGCAAAGAACCAAUCAAAUUGCAGAGUAUUCAUAAUAAGGAAUAUCAGUAAGAGCCUCACGAGCACACUUCUAUGGCAAAAUCAUAGCAAUUUUUGCUAUCACGCUCUGAGAGGCAAAUGUGCUCUCAUUUCGCUGGUACCGAGUAGAAAUGGACGGAAAUGGAAGAAAUUUUCAUACAUGGUUAGCAAAGUGUUGCCUAAUUUUGAUGGAACUGAGACUCUUUUUACACCUCCAAUUCCGAGAGCUUGGAGAGCAUAAUAAUGCCAACAUAAGGCAUCAUAUAGGCAUGAUCUUAAAAUAAAACUUUUGGAAAACGACAGCAGAACGAGGUUGAGUUAAGGCUUCAAUAAAACCAACAUUUGGCGUUACUGUUGUAUCCGUUAAUGAACAUUUUGCUUUGAUUUUUGCAUUGUUCCACCUUAAGUUAAUCAAAAUAAGAGCAAUUUUUGCUGUCCAGCCUAAUCGUGAUAGCAUAAUUUGAUGUCAAUUUGCUUUAAAAGUUCGCAAUCCUAACCGGAGUUGCUUUUAGUUAUGCAAUACUAGAACAAUUCACUGGAUACAUUUUCAAAAUUUGUGUUACACAUACAAGUAGAAGUUGCAUUAAGAAACCCAAACUUGAAUCAAAAUAAAGACUAAAAUUAAUAUCAGAAUCGGAUUUAGAACCGCAAACUGAACCAAGAUACAGAAUAUUAAAUCAAAAUCUAAAGUUAAUUCGCCGGUAGAAAUCAAAAACCCAAAAGUGAUGAAUUAGAACUUCACAUCAAACAUUUAAAAUCGCAAUGAGAUGUCGGAAAUUAGAAAUCGAAAAACAGAACACAGAACAUACAUGUUGAAUUCUUAGCAAAUAACUGAAAAAAGUUAACUGUGAGCAAUUUCAAAAUACGGAAAAUAAUGAACGAAGAACAAAAAUUCAGAACAAUAAACAUGCAUAACAAAUUUAAAGAAACGAAAACAAAGAUAAUAAAUAGAGGAUAGAAAAUAAAAAAAAACAAAAAAAAAAAAAUCAUAAUCUGACAAAAAGUAGGGUCAGAAAUCAGAUAAGUGAAUUAACAUCAAAAUCCAGAAUAUUAAAUAAGAAUCAAAAACCUUGCAAUAGAAAACAGAAA